UAUAAAUUAGAGAGGGACUCAAAGAGUCGCAAUCUUUACUUUACCUUCAGAAACUGAGUCGUCCUCUUGUCUCCGGUGAGAUGAGAGACGCAAAACUUAUAAACUGGGCGGAGCUUCCACCGGAGCUGAUCUAUUCGAUUCUGCUCCGUCUUAGCGUGCCUGAUAGACUAGGAAACGCUCGGAACGUGUGCAGAUCGUGGCGACGCGUCUGUCAAGACCCCCUGAUGUGGCGGAAAAUCGAGAUGCGAGACAUGGGAGAAUACAAAGAAGCCAUGGAUUAUUAUCAUGCCGCGGAGGCCAUGUGCCGUCGCGCCGUUGAUCUAAGCCAGGGAGGCUUGUUUGAGGUCAACAUUGAGUACUUCGGCACCGAUUCUCUCCUCGCCUACAUAGCCGACAGGUCAAGUAACCUGAAACACCUUGUACUUACUGAGUGCAAUCACAUAACGGAUGUGGGACUUUUGGAAGCAGUCAUGAAGCUCAAAUUGCUUGAACACCUUGAACUUUCGCACUUCUAUUUUAUGGAAUUGGAUUUGGAAUCUAUAGGUCUUUCCUGCCCGCUUCUCAAGACUCUGAAGCUAAACAAUGUGGGUUACUACUACUUGGAGGACGAGUCUGAUGAUGAUGCUUUGGCAAUUGCUAAAACAAUGACCGGUCUUCACCACCUCCAGCUUAUUGGGAACAGGUUAACAAACACCGGCUUAAACGCCAUUGUUGAGAAUUGUCCUCACCUCAAAUCCCUUGAUUUACGCGAUUGUGGCUACAUCAACCUUGCCCCCCAAUGAUUUCCAGAAGUUAUGUAAAAGAGUGGUUCAAGGGUUUUGUUGAUUAUACAUUUGUAUUUUGUUGAUGAGGUUACAUUCUUACAAAAUAAUACAUGA